UCCUCAUCAUCUUCAUCAUCAUCAUCAUCAUUGGGGGAAACCGGAGCACCCGGAGUGUUCAGUUCCAGACUGUCAGUUUUCUGCUCAUGAGAAGCUGGUGAAGAUCCACUGGAGGAACAAUCACACUGCAGGAGCCAAGAGGAUCAAACUGGAGACGGAGGACAUCAGGAGGUGGAGAGAGGAGCGCCGCAGAAAUUACCCGACGCUGAGAAACGUGGAGAAGAAGCAGAAGCUGAUGGAGGUGAAGGAGCAGCGUGGAGACGUGCUGGAGACGCCACAGUUCGGGCGCUUCAGGGGCCGCGGCGGUCCACAGCGGGGCCGAGGAUCCAGUCUGGGGAAACGCCAGCAUGAGGACAGAGACCCGCUCGCAGCUCUGGCCGACAGCGAAGCCGACUCUGAUAAGGACGAGUGUGUUCAGAAGAUCACUGUCGCCCCCAGGAGUGUGACGGCCGCGCUGGGAUCCCUGAUGUCCAGCUAUGGAGAGCAGAGCAGCGAGGAGGAGGAGGACGAUGCUCCGCUGCUGAAAGCUGCUCAGGUCUUACAGGAGAACCAGAGCAUCCUGACCACACCGCAGCACACACACACAGCACCACAGCGCACACACACAGCACCCACAGCAACACAGCACACACACACAUCACCCACAGCAACAAAGCACACCGCACCGCAGUCCCAUCAUGCACAGCGACAUAGAGGACGAGGUAGAAGAGGAGGCAGAGGAGGUCGAGGAGCUCACAAUAAACCGGCUGAACCGCAGAGACAACCACCGACACUGCUGGAGAUGUUGCUGGCUCCUGAUAUCCGGCACGAGAGGAAUGUGGUCCUGCAGUGUGUUCGCUUCAUCAUCCGGAACAGAUUCUUUGGUCUGGCUGGAAAAGAUGUUAAUGAAAUCAGUGUGUGUGAGGAACCCAUCAGCCAAUCACAGCACAGAUGCUCAGAGUCAUGACCACACACACACUGAUCUGGAAUCAGUCAGAGAUCAGUGUGUGUCUGCAGAUCGACUGCAGUGUGUGUGACGGCUGUCUUUAUAUCCUGAUCUGAUGUUUGGCUUGAGAAGAAGCGCCUGUGAUGAACGAGUUUAACAGUCGAAGCUUCAUUAAUAAGGAUCUGCAGGCUGAUUUGCAUGAGGAACACGUGAUCUCUGCUCUUCCUCUUCAGUGUGGCUCCUCCUGCUGGCCGUCUCUCAGAAGUGCCUGCGGCGUCAAUAAAUCAGGACUGUAUUGUCUUUCUGCAUCCUCAGAGUGUUAAAGCUUUACCAUAUAGCUCUUUAAUUAGCUAACGCUACUUAACUACAGUAGAUAACAUGAGCAAAGAAAUCCAUUACUACACAUUAGUAAAUCCCAUUAAUACAUUUGUUUAAUAUCAUUUAAUGGAUGUGAAGUAUCUAUGAGCAGCUCUGUUUUAUACACAUGAACAAAUCUUAUCAUUGUAUUUCUCAUCAGACGUGUUCAUUGAGGAAUGAGCUUUAUAAUAAUGCAUGAAUGCAGACAGCCUUCCUCAUUUAUAUGUGUUGUGUUUAAUUAUAUUCACAUUUCUCAGAGAUUAAAAGAGCUUUCCUGGAUCAUAAUAAAAGGGUUUUUUUUCACA